AUGGCGGAAUACGAGCAGCUGGUGGAGAGCCUAGAGUCUCUCUGGUUUUUCGGCAACGCCCUCUCUUCUCCAAUUCUCCCCACCGCAAAUCUCAUCCCAUCUCUAGAAUCAGAAAAAGAACAGAGCAAUCAAAUUACAGUAAUCCAGAGCUCCGAUGUCGUUGAACAGGACGAAGAUUUCAAUUCCGAGCUGAAACCUUCUCCUCCGAAAGAAGAAUUCGAGCCACUAGCGGUGAACGAGAAGCAAAGUAACGAAGGAGGAGGAGGAGGAGGCAGAGCAGCAGGGGAGAUAGUGGUGUUCCAGUCGAAGCCGGAAUCGCCGCUGGAGAGGAGGAAGAGGAUGGCGAGGAGAUCGCGGAGCAACCGGAAGAUAUUGCUGGAGCUUGAUCUCUGUUUCGAUGAUUUGAUUGAUUUUUCUCCCUGGAGCUAUGGCGGCGGCGCUGGAGGCUGCAACUUUGAACGGGAUGAUCGGGGCAAGAUUCCGUCGUCGAAAAAUUCGACCGCUAUGAACCGGCAUCUCAAGUCUGGGACCCACAACGUGACUUGCAUCGUUAAAUGA